GUUAUUUAAACUGAAAUUAAUGAUAUAGUCUUUAAAUGUGAUGUGUUUUCUUUAAAGGUUUUAUUUUUUGUUUUUUUUCUAGUUAGUAUCUUUUAAAGAUUUUGUAUGUUAUUUAGAAUAACAUUUAGAAAUGUUUGAUGUUUUUGGCUGGUUUGACAAUUGGGCAAACUAGUGGGUAUGACGUAAGCAGCUGAUGGUGAGGUUUUAUUUUACAGCUGUCGCAUGAGUGAGGUAUCUAGAUCCUCUCACUACCCGUGGUGUGACAAUAUUACAUCUGCAGGGUUUGAUCCUUUGCUGAAGAAUCAGGGUAGCAUUUUUCAGCAAGAUGGAAUGGGCAGAAAAUAAAUUUAUACUUCAGAUCAUUGGCAAGCUCAAACUACUGACUACUGGCAGAAAUUCUUGUCUACUAUAUGCUGUAUGUGUACCUUAUUGUUACUGAAAGUAUCCCAUUAUGAUAUUUGGUAUAAUAUGUUUUGUGAUGAAUAGUAAUUCCCGUAUUACUUUUAUCACCUGUGUUCCAUAAUGCUACUGCCUGUUUGAUACAUUGUUAAAUCUGCAUGGAAAUCUGGCUUACUAAUUGGCUCAGAUUCAUUAUGUAAAAAAACAUUGAAGUUGGAUAUUAAAACUGUAACUACUCUGUAUUAAGUGACUGUAAACUUGGCACCUAAACCAUGAAAUUUGCAUGGAAGUAUUAGGAUAAUCACAACUACUUUAAAAGAGUAAUCAUUGUACAGCAAUCAAGAUCCAGUGACCAUGUAGUAUGUUGGUAUAGGUCCAAAAUUCAGCGAACAGUGUUAAAUGUUCUUGGUCAAAAUAUUACAAAGUAUUAUUGGAUUGUAUUGAAAUUUUAUUGGCUGCCAGAAACACUUGGUAAUGUGGGCAGGUGCCAAUAGUUCCAUUGCUUUAUGUCCUUUGUCUCUUUUGGGGAUUUCACAAGAAUGUAAGAACACAAGACAGUGGCCAUUAGGCCCUUCAGUCCUAUGCACUAAUAAUCCUAGGUCCCAUCGUAGAACGGGGGACAUAGAAUAUUAGUACUUCACUGAAAGCGUCACAAUACACAGGGUGGUAAAGUGGGCCUUUGACACAUUGACCUUCAUUAGUCAAGGCAUUGAGGAUAGAUUUGGGACAUUAUGUUGCAGUUGCACAAAACGUUGGUGAGACCACACUAGAAGUUUUAUCUACAUUUUUGGUCACCUGUAAUACAACCGCUGCCUUGAGUUCCCCUUGUCUUAAACUACCACCCCAUAAGCCUCCCCAUCUAAUGCACCAUCAUCAGCAAAUUCCAACGUCUCCAAAGGGAUCCUACCACCAAACAUGUCUUUACUUCGCCUAUCUCUAUCUCUGCUUUCUGCAGGGAUCAGUCCCUCUGUGAUUCCCUUGUCUAUACAUCCUUCCCCACUCCUCUCCCUCCCGGCACUUAUCCCUGCAAGCAGCCACAGUGCUACACCUGCUGAUUCACCUCCUCCCUCAUUCAGGGUCCCAAGCAGUCCUUCCAAGUGAGGCAGCACUUCACCUGCAGAUCUGCUGGGAUCAUCUAUUCAGUUCAGAGCUCCCAAUGCGGCCUCUUCUACAUUAGUGAGACCUGUCAUAAAUUGGGGGAUUGCUUCAUUAAGCACUCCACUCCAUCGGCCAAAAAUGGAACUACCCAGUGGCCUAACAUUUUAAUUUCCUUUCCCAUUCCAACAUGCCGGUCCAUGUCCUCCUCUUACAGUAGAUGAACGUACCACAAAUUGAGAUUGACAGGUUUGAUGUUGUGGGCAUCACUGUGUCAUGGCUGAGGGAAGAUUAUAGCUAUGAGUUUAACACCCAAGGUUACACAUUGUAUCAAAAGAAAAGACAGGCAUGCAGAGGUGGUAGGAUGGCUCUGUUGGUAAAAAAUGAAAUCAACUCCUUAGAAAGAGGUGGUGUAGAAUCAGAAGGUGUAGAAUCCUUGUGCACAGAGCAAGCAAACUACAAAAGUUAAAAGAUCCUGAUGGGAGUUGCUGUAUAUACAGGCCUCUGAACAAUAAACAAGAUGUGAAUUGUAAAUUACAACAGGAUAUAGAAAAGGCAUGUCAAAAGGACAUUGUUACUCAUGGGGAACCUCAAUAGACAGGUACAUUGGGAAAACUAGGUUGGCAUUGGAUCCGAAGAGCAGGAAUUUGUAGAAUGCCUGCAAGAUGGCUUUUUAGAGCAGCUCGUGGUUAAGCCCACUAGGGGAUUAGUUAUUCAGGACUGGGUGUUGUGCAGUGACCCGGAAUUGAUUAGAAAGCUAAAGAUAAAGGAACCCUUAGGAGUACAGUGAUGCUAAUAUGAUAGAAUUCACCCUACAAUUGGAGAGGGAGAAGCUAAAGUCAGAUGUAUCAGUAUUACAGUGGAGUAAAAGGAUUUACAGAGGCAUGAGAGAGGAGCUAACCAAAGGUGAUUGAAAAGGGACACUAGCAGACAUAAUGACAGAGAGCAAUGGCGGUUAUUCCUGGGAGCAAUUCAAAAGGUGUAGGAUACAUCCCAAAGAAGAAGUAUUCUAAAGGCAGGAUGAAACAACCAAAAAGAGGCCAUAUAAUAGAACAAAAUUAGUGGGAAGUUAGAGAAUUAGGAAGCUUUUAAAAACUAGUGGAAGGCAACUAAAGAAGACAUAAAGAGGAAAAAGAUGGAAUACAAAGGUUAUCUAGCCAAUAAUAUUAGAUAGGAUACCAAAAAUUUCUUCAGGUAUCUAACGAGUCAAAGAGAGGUGAGAGUAGAUAUUGAACUGCUGGAAAAUUAUGCUAGGGAGAUAGAAGUAGGGGUCAAGGAAAUGGCAGAAUAAAUAUUUUGCAUCAGUUUUAACUGUGGAAGGUACUAGCAGUUUGCCGUAAGUUUGAGACUGUCAGGGGGCAGAAAUGAGUGAAGUUGCCAUUACUACGGAGAAGGCGCUUAGGAAACUGAAGGGUCCGAACGUAAGUAAGUCACCUGGACCACAUGGUCUACACCCCAGGGUUCUGAAAGAGGUUGCUAAAGAGUUUGUGGAGGCAUUAGUAAUAAUCUUUCAAUAAAUCAGUAGAUUCCGCAUGGUUACAGAUGACUGGCAAAUUGCAAAUGGCACUCCAUUCUUCAAGCAGGGAAAGAGGCAGGAGGAAAUUAUAAGCCAGUUAAUCUGACCUCAUUGGUUGGGAAGAUGUUGGAGUUGAUUGUACUUGGAGGCACAUGAUAAAAUAGCCCGUAGUCAGCAUGGUUUCUUUAAGGGAAAAUUUGCCUGACAAAUCUGUUGGAAUUCUUUGAAGAAAUAACAAGUAGGACAGACAAAGGAGAACCGGUAUAUUUUGUGUACUUGGACUUUCAGAAGGAAAGAUACUAGCAUGGAUAGAGCAGAGAGUAGUUGGCCGUUGGUGACUAGUGGUAUUCAACAGGGAUCUGUAUUAGGACUCAUUCUUUUAAUAUUAUACGGCAAUAAUUUGGAUGAAGGAAUUAAUGGUAUUGUGGCCAAGUUUGUGGAUAAUAUGAAGGUAGGUGGAGGGGCAGGUAGUGUUUAAGAAGCGAAGGCUGCAGAAGGACUUAGACGGAUUUGGAGAAUGUAUAAAGAAGUGACGGAUGGAAUACAGUGCCAGGAAGUGUAUGGUCAUGCAUUUUGGUAGAAGAAACAAAGGCGUAGACUUUUUUCUAAAUGGAGAGAAAAUUCAAAAGGAACUUGGGAGUCCUCAUGCAAGAUUCCCUAAAGGUUAAUCUAUAGGUUGAGUCAGUGGUGAGGAUGACGAAAUCAAUGUUGGCAUUCAUUUUGAGAGGAUUAGAAUAUCAAAGCAAGGAUGUAAUGUUGAGGCUUUAUAAGGCACUGGUAAGGCCUCACUUGGAGGAUUGCGAGCAGUUUUGGACCUCUUAUCUAAGAAAGGAUGUGCUGACAUUGGGUAGGGUUCUGAAGGGCUCACGAGAAUGGUUCUUGGAAAGAAAAGGUUACCACAUGAGGAUCAUUUGAUGGCUGUGGGCCUGUGCUCACUAGAAUUCAGAAGACUGAGGGGAAAUCUCAUUGAAACCUAUCGAAUGCUGUAAGGCCUGAAUAGAGUGGAUGUGGAGGGGAUGUUUCCUAUGGUGGGGGAGUUUAAGACUAGAGAGCACAGUCUCAGAAUAGAGAAUCGUCUGCUUAGAAUGGAGAUUAGAAGGAAUUUCUUUAGCCAGAGAGUGGUGAAUCUGUGGAAUUUGUUGCUACAGGGGGGUGUGGAAGCCAUGUCAUUGGGUAUAUUUGAGGCAGAGGUUGACAGGUUCUUGAUUAGUCAGGGCAGAAGGGGCAGGAGAAGGAAAUGGAUCAGCCAUGAUGAAAUGACAGAGCAGGCUCAUAUAGGUUACGAUGUUUUGUGCCAAGAUGAGCCCAUCCUCAGGGUAGAGGAGUAAUACCUUGGAUUCCAUCUGGAUAGCUUCCAACAUGAUGGCAUGAAUAUCAAUUUCUCCUUCUGGUGUGCAUAAAAAAAAAAAUUCCUAUUCCUUCCCCUUCCCUCUUUUUGCCAUUCUGGCCUCUAUCCUCUUUUUUUCACUUUCACCUCCCUCCUGAGUCCCCUCCUCCUUCCCACUCUGCUAUCAGAUUCCUUCCUCACCAGCCUUUUAUCUUUCUAUCAGCCUGGCUCAACCUGUUACUUUCUAGCUGUCCUUCUUCCCUUCCUCUUACGUUUUUGUUCUGGUGUCUUCCCCUUACCUUGUCCUGUGGAGGGGCCUUGGCCCAAAACGUCAACUGUUUAUUCAUUUCCAGAGAUGCUGCCUGACCUGCUGAGUUCCUCCAACAUUUUGUGUGUGUACUUUGUACCUGAAAAUAGUGGCGAGUCGAUUUAUAAGGAUGUUGCUAGGACUCAAGGACCAAAGUUAUAGGGAGAGAAUAAACAGCUUAGUACUUUGAUCCUUGUAAUGUUGAUGAUUGAGGGUGACUUUAUGAAGAUGUAUAAAAUCACGGUCACCCCUCAGCCUCCAGUCUAUGAAAGCAGUCUCAGCCUACCCAGUCUCUCGAUAGUAACUCAAGCUUUCCAGCCCUGGCAGUGUCAUUACUUCUUAUAAUAUGACAAUCAGCACUGUGAACAAUACUCCCAGGUGCUGACUAACCAACAUCCGGGACAGUUGUAACCCAAAUUCCCAACCUGUGUAUUCAAUGCCCCAAGCAAUAAAGAUAAGUGUGUCAUCUGCCUUCUUUACCCCAUCUACCUGUGUUGCUGCUUUUAGGGAACUAUAUACAUUCCUUUGAGCCUUGCCAUUGAAACGUAUGUCCUGCCCUGAUUUACAUUCUCAAAAUACAUCACUUUGCACUUGUCUGAGUUUCAUUCCAUCCUUUCCUUUACUCUUUACCCAGUCAUUCUUUUACCCUUUUUCCCAGUUGAUCUGAAUUCUGUUGUACCAUGAGAGAAUCUUUUUCACUUUCCAAUGCAUUCAUUUUGGUGACAUUUUCAAUUUACUAAUCCUGCUACCUAUGUUCUCAUCCACAUCUCUAUACCACUACUGAUCACGAGGUUCUUGUCUGGAAAAACAAACCCCCAAUACCACCCUCUGACGACUUUUUCCAAGCCAGUUUUGUGUGAUCUAACCUUCUAUACCAGCCAAUCAUGCAGGUGAGAAGUUCUGCUGAAGUUUGUGUAAACAGUAUCUACUGUUUCCCUCAUCAAUCUUCUUUGUCACCAUCAAAAUCUCAAUCAUAUUUGUGAGACGUGACAUUCAAUGUAAAAAGCCAGGCUGACUAUCCACAAUAAGUCCUUGGCUUUCCAGAUACAGGUGGAUAAUGUCUCUGAAUUCUCCCAGUAAACUUCCCACUGCUGAUCUUAAAUUCACUGAUCGAUAGUCCCUGAAUUUGAUCUUGCAGCCCUUGUAUAAGGAGACAGUAUUAAUCAUCUUCCAGUUUUCUGGAACCUCACCUGUGGCUAUCAAAGAUGCAUAAAUCCCUGCUAGUGCCCCGACAUUUUUUUUUCUUGAUUCCCAUAACGACUUAAAGAUUCAAAACACAUUUAUUAUCAAAGAUUGUAUAAACUAUACACCUUGAAAUUUGUCUGCUUACAGGCAGCCACAAAGCAAGAAACUUGAGUAAAUCAGUUUUAAAAAAAAGACCAAAAAACACUGCAGAAAAAGAAAGAGGAAAAGAAAACACACACAUCAUGCAAACAAUAAAAGCUAGCCAACAGCCUCCUGGACCAGAUGGAACCAGGACGUGUACUUGGUCAGGCUCCAGAGACUUAUCCAUCUUUAUGGAUCUCUAAGCUUGCAACACCCCCUUAUCACAACAUGCCCUUCUACCUACUUUUGUAUUACUGGCAAAUUAGGAAAUCUUGCAUGCUGUUUCUUCUUCCGGGUCAUUAGUGCAAGUUGAUAGGGUGGUUUAGAAGGCAUAUGGUGUGUUGGCCUUCAUUCAUUAGGGUAUUGAGUUCAACAGCCACAAGAUAAUGUUGCAGUUCUAUAAAACUUUGGUAAACCACACUUAGAGUAUUGUACUCAGUUCUGGUCACAUCUAUAUAGGAUGAAUGUGAAAGCUUUAGUGGCUGCAGAGGAGAUUUACCGGAAAGCUGGAUGAGAGGACAUGUCUUACGAGAGAAGGUUGAACGGGCCAAGGCUUUGCUCUUUGGAAUCAAGGAAGAUGAGUGUUGAGUUGAAUAGAGGUGUAUAAGACUAUAAGACACAUAGAUAGAGUGAACAGCCAGCAUCUUCUUCCCAAAGCAGCAAAGGCUUAUACUACAAGACAUCCUUUUAUUAUGAGUGGAGGAAAAUUCAGAGGCGAUGUCAGAGAUUGGCCUUUUAUACAGACAAUGCCUUGAAUGUACUGCUGAGGGAGGUGGUAGAGGCUGCUUUCAUGAGAGACAUUUAAGAGAGAUAGGCACAUGGAUGAAAGAAAAAAUGGAGAUAUAUGGGCUCUGUAGGAGAAAAGAGUUGGGAUUUAUUAUGGAUAAAAUUAAAAGGACAGUCCAAUGUCAUGGGCUGAAGACUAUUGUGUUGCACUGAUUUAUGAUCAAAUUCAUUUUUAUAGUUCUUAUGAAUACCCUUAUACAUUUGAAGUUCUGAAAUGAUAGCAAUUGGCAAAGAUCUGACCUAGUCUGACCUAGACCACUGCCAAUCCAAACCCAACCUAAAAACUUUCUACUUGAUGUACGAAAGCAUGGUUUGAAUCUCAAGUGCUUGUCGUCAUAGUACCUUGACUGCAACUUUCAUUUGUUUUUCUUUGAAAUGGUACAGUAUUGCAAAAGACACAGUAAUUCAUUUCCCGGAAUGGAGUGCUGCAAUAUUUAAAGACCCUUGAACCAGUCAGUGACAGGAAAGUAGGACUGCAUUCUUAUUUCUAGAUUAGAUAAAUGUUUUGCACAGUGUAACUAUCAAGCAGGAAAUCAUUGUUUUUUUUUCUCUUAUAAUGUGAGACAGAUUCGGAACUAAGUAAGUAGAGAGAUUUAUAUUUACUUAUUGGUUAAAGCCACAUGCUAGAUUUUUAAUUAUUCAGCAAGACUUCAUGAGUUUAAUGAUUAUUUCAGGCACCGAGAUAGGGCUGUAAUAAGAAGAUGUUGUAAAGUCAAGGAUAGCACUGAGCAGUGGUAAUGACUGAGGAAUUGUCAUAAAUUUUGGAUAAAUGUUUAUAUACUUACUUUGUACCUGAAAAGAGUAGAAAGACGAUUUAUAAGGAUGUUGCUAGGACUCAAGGACCCAAGUUAUAGGGAGAGAAUAAACAGUUUAGUACUUUGAUCCUUGUAAUGUUGAUGAUUGAGGGUGACUUUAUGGAGAUGUAUAAGAUCAUGGUCACCCCUCAGCCUCCAGUCUAGGAAAGCAGUCUCAGCCUACCCAGUCUCUCAAUAAUAAUUCAAGCUUUCCAGCCCUGGCAGUGUCAUUACUUCUUAUAAUACGACAAUCAGCCCUGUGAACAAUACUCCCAGGUGCUGACUAACCAACAUCCGGUACAGUUGUAACCCAAAAUCCCAACCUGUGUAUUCGAUGCCCCAAGCAAUAAAGAUAAGUGUGUCAUCUGCCUUCUUUACCCCAUCUACCUGUGUUGCUGCUUUUAGGGAACUAUAUACAUUCCUUUGAGCCUUGCCAUUGAAACGUAUGUCCUGCCCUGAUUUACAUUCUCAAAAUACAUCACUUUGCACUUGUCUGAGUUUCAUUCCAUCCUUUCCUUUACUCUUUACCCAGUCAUUCUUUUACCCUUUUUCCCAGUUGAUCUGAAUUCUGUUGUACCAUGAGAGAAUCUUUUUCACUUUCCAAUGCAUUCAUUUUGGUGACAUUUUCAAUUUACUAAUCCUGCUACCUAUGUUCUCAUCCACAUCUCUAUACCACUACUGAUCACGAGGUUCUUGUCUGGAAAAACAAACCCCCAAUACCACCCUCUGACGACUUUUUCCAAGCCAGUUUUGUGUGAUCUAACCUUCUAUACCAGCCAAUCAUGCAGGUGAGAAGUUCUGCUGAAGUUUGUGUAAACAGUAUCUACUGUUUCCCUCAUCAAUCUUCUUUGUCACCAUCAAAAUCUCAAUCAUAUUUGUGAGACGUGACAUUCAAUGUAAAAAGCCAGGCUGACUAUCCACAAUAAGUCCUUGGCUUUCCAGAUACAGGUGGAUAAUGUCUCUGAAUUCUCCCAGUAAACUUCCCACUGCUGAUCUUAAAUUCACUGAUCGAUAGUCCCUGAAUUUGAUCUUGCAGCCCUUGUAUAAGGAGACAGUAUUAAUCAUCUUCCAGUUUUCUGGAACCUCACCUGUGGCUAUCAAAGAUGCAUAAAUCCCUGCUAGUGCCCCGACAUUUUUUUUUCUUGAUUCCCAUAACGACUUAAAGAUUCAAAACACAUUUAUUAUCAAAGAUUGUAUAAACUAUACACCUUGAAAUUUGUCUGCUUACAGGCAGCCACAAAGCAAGGAACUCGAGUAAAUCAGUUUUUAAAAAAAAGACCGAAAAACACUACAAAGAAAGAGGAAAAGAAAACACACACAUCAUGCAAAUAAUAAAAGCAAGCCACUAGCAUCCCGGACAAGAUGGAACCAGGACAUGUACUUGGUCAGGCUCCAGAGGCUUAUCCAUCUUUAUGGAUCUCUAAGCUUGCAACACCUCCUUAUCACAAUACUUCCACCUACUUUUGUAUUACUGGCAAAUUAGGAAAUCUUGCAUGCUGUUUCUUCUUCUGGGUCAUUAAUGCAAGUUGAUAGGGUGGUUUAAAAGGCAUAUGGUGUGUUGGCCUUCAUUCAUCAGGGUAUUGAGUUCAACAGCCACAAGAUAAUGUUGCAGUUCUAUAAAACUUUGGUAAACCACACUUAGAGUAUUGUACUCAGUUCUGGUCACAUCUAUAUAGGAUGAAUGUGAAAGCUUUAGUGGCUGCAGAGGAGAUUUACCGGAAAGCUGGAUGAGAGGACAUGUCUUACGAGAGAAGGUUGAACGGGCCAAGGCUUUGCUCUUUGGAAUCAAGGAAGAUGAGUGUUGAGUUGAAUAGAGGUGUAUAAGACUAUAAGACACAUAGAUAGAGUGAACAGCCAGCAUCUUCUUCCCAAAGCAGCAAAGGCUUAUACUACAAGACAUCCUUUUAUUAUGAGUGGAGGAAAAUUCAGAGGCGAUGUCAGAGAUUGGCCUUUUAUACAGACAAUGCCUUGAAUGUACUGCUGAGGGAGGUGGUAGAGGCUGCUUUCAUGAGAGACAUUUAAAAGAGAUAGGCACAUGGAUGAAAGAAAAAAUGGAGAUAUAUGGGCUCUGUAGGAGAAAAGAGUUGGAUUUAUUAUGGAUUAAAUUAAAAGGACAGUCCAAUGUCGUGGGCUGAAGACGAUUCUGUUGCACUGAUCUAUGUUCAGAUUCAUUUUUAUAAUUCUUAUGAAUACCCUUAUACACUUGAAGAUCUAAAAUGAUAGCAAUUGCCACAGAUCUGACCUAGACCACUGCCAAUCCAAACCCAACCUAAGAAUUUUUUACUUGAUGCACUAUAGCAUGGUUUGAAUCUCUAGUGCUUGUCGUCAUAGUACCUUGACUGCAACUUUCAUUUGUUUUUGUUUGAAAUGGUACAUUAUUGCAAAAGACACUAAUUCAUUUCCCGGAAUGGAGUGCUGCAAUAUUUAAAGACCCUUGAACCAGUCAGUGACAGGAAAGUAGGACUGCAUUCUUAUUUCUAGAUUAGAUAAAUGUUUUGCACAGUGUAACUGUCAAGCAGGAAAUCAUUUUUUUUUUCCUCUUACAAUGUGAGACAGAUUCGGAACUAAGCAUCUUGCAAGAUGACUUCAGCAGACUCUAAUAAUGGUGAAUGUAUGGUCGUGUUCAAUAAUUUGACUUCAUGUGACAUGAAGAACAAUAAAUAUUCUCCCAUUGUUUUAGAAGAGCAAGAAAAGGAACCAUUAGAUGUGAAGAAGUUUGCAGCAAAAAGGCUGAAGAAGUAUUUCUCUUGCACCCCAGCAAAAACAAAAGACUUCUUUUUUGACUUAUUUCCUGUAGUAAGAUGGCUUCCAAAAUAUAAAUGGAAGAAAUGGAUUCUGGGCGAUAUCAUGUCUGGGCUGAUUGUAGGUAUCCUGCUGGUUCCUCAGUCAAUAGCCUAUUCAUUGCUUGCUGGGCAGGAACCAGUAUAUGGGCUUUAUACCUCGUUCUUUGCCUGCAUCAUUUACUUUCUGAUGGGAACAUCAAGGCACAUCUCAGUUGGUAUUUUUGGUGUGCUGUGCUUAAUGAUUGGCCAGGUAGUGGAACGGGAGCUGCAGAUUGCUGGUUAUGACCUCUUCAGUGACUCUAAUAGCACCGAUCUAUUCAACCAUUCAGUGAAUAUAUGUGACAGAAGUUGUUUUGCCAUUCGUAUUGGCUCAACUUUGACCUUCAUGGCUGGCGUGUACCAGGUGGCCAUGGGCAUCUUGCAAGUCGGAUUCAUAUCAGUGUAUCUGUCUGAUUCCUUGCUUAGUGGAUUUGCCACCGGAGCCUCAUUCACCAUAAUCACCUCACAAAUUAAGUACCUCCUUGGGAUCCGUAUUCCUCGUGCCAAUGCUCCUGGUGGCCUUGUGAAAACUUGGGUAUCCAUUUUUAAAAAUAUCCAUGAGACUAAUAUUUGUGAUCUUGUAACCAGCAUAUUGUGUCUUCUGGUUUUGGUGCCGAUGAAGGAGAUAAACGAAUGCUAUAAAUCAAAGUUAAAAGCACCAAUUCCAGGUGAACUUCUGGUAGUAGUUGUUGCUACCUUGAUCUCGCAUUAUGGCCAAUUGAAUGCAAAGUUUAAUUCUACUGUUGCUGGACACAUACCCACUGGAUUCAUGGUUCCCAGCCCUCCAGACUGGAGUCUUGUACCUCGAGUUGCUAUCGAUGCCAUUCCAAUUGCUAUCAUUGGCUUUGCAAUCACUGUUACUCUGUCAGAAAUGUUUGCCAAGAAACAUGGAUACACUGUGAAAGCAAAUCAAGAAAUGUUUGCUAUUGGUGCCUGUAAUGUGAUCCCUGCCUUCUUUCAUUGCUUUACGUCAAGUGCAGCCCUGGCAAAAUCUCUUGUUAAAGAGUCCACAGGUUGCAAGACACAAUUAUCAAGUGUAAUCACUGCACUGGUACUUCUCCUUGUGCUACUUGUGAUUGCUCCACUUUUCUACUCCCUUCAGAAAUGUGUUUUGGCUGUCAUAAUCAUUGUAAAUCUAAGGGGUGCUUUAAGAAAAUUUAUUGACUUGCCUAAAAUGUGGAAGGUGAGCAAGGUAGAUACCAUCGUGUGGUUUGUUACAAUGCUAGCGACAGCCCUUAUCAGCACAGAGUUGGGUCUGUUGUUUGGGGUUUGUUUCUCUGUGAUUUGUGUAAUUGCACGAACCCAGGUGCCAAGAGCCAUUGUACUUGGAAAUUUGAAGGGGACAGAAAUAUAUGAAGACUUGAGGAAGUAUAAGAAUCUGCAAAAUUUACCAGGUAUCAAGAUUUUUAGAUUUGAAGCUCCACUAUACUAUGCAAACAAGGAAUUUUUCAAGAGGUCCCUAUAUAAACAGACAGGAAUUAAUCCUACGUUGGUAAUAUUAGCCAGGAAAAAAGCUGUAAAGAAAACCAAUCAGGAAUUGGAACAACAACCGACAGCUAGGUCUGAGGUUACACUGCGACUGUCCUACCAGGAGUUUGAUAUCCAUACUAUUAUCAUUGAUUGCUCAGUUAUUCAAUUCUUGGAUACUGCAGGGAUAGCUACAAUAAAGGAGGUUUUUAAAGAUUACAAGGAGAUUGGAAUCUUGGUUCUUCUCUCAAACUGUAAUGCUUCUGUCAUUGAUAGUCUUUGCAAUGUGGAGUGUUUUGAUAAAGGUUACAUCAAUGGGUUGUUUUUUUACAGCAUUCAUGAUGCUGUCAAGUUUGCUUCAAAUGUACACCAGAAAAAUGGUGACCAUGAGGUAAACACUUUAUGUUAAUAUUUACUUAUGUUCCUUUGAUUAAAAUAUAAGAAAACAGCACAAUAUUAAUGGCUUGAGAAACAAUCUGAAACUAUUCUGUAUUUUAUCAGAUAAGUUUUUGUAAAUUCAUAGAAUGUUUUUAUAUGAGUAUUUGUACUUUCUUAAUCAUGGAUAUCUUUUUUAAAAGUGGAAUUAAAAAUUGUGAAGAUAUAUCAGCAAUGUUACUGGGAUUGUGUUCAAAUUAACCAUAAUUUGGGUGUUAUUGUCGGCUGAUGAAUGAUACUCGUGACUUUUAAACACUUAAUAUCAAAAGUUUAGUAUUUUUAGAAAUAUUUUCUUUGUAGGAUAUUGUUUCGAGUAGAUUUUAUAAAAGAUGUUUCAUCAAAAAUGCUUCAGUAGAUUUUACUGAACUGUCUUUUUGACCAGGUACAACUAGAGAACUUAAUUUAGUAUUUUGCCUGUUAAAAUGCUGUCUUUUAUUUGUGAAUAGAAAAAUUGGAUUAAUAAUAUUUGGGUUUUAUUAAAUCAGUAAAUUCUGGAUUGUAAAUCUAAAAUUAACCAAAAUUUGCCAGUAAUGAGCCACUUACGUUGCUGGUAAUCUGCAUGGUAAGCUUGAGCCUACUUUUUGCUUUUCCACAAUUAUCAACUUGUAACUAAGUGCCAAUUGCUGUUCUCAUGUUUAGACUUUCUCUGGCAGCUGGGUCUUGCUCAAGUAAAACCUUUGGGAUGGGGAUUUUACAAAAAAGAUACCCCAAAAAAUGUGCUAGAAAAUGCCUUUGAACAUAUAGAAAGGACCUUGGCUUAGCUGACUGACAAACCACUUAAAACUAAGUUUAUUUCUGAGUUAUGCAGAAAAUAACAAAAAUAAACUACUAGACCACCUAACUUGCUUAAUUCCCAAAAAGGUCCAGAUAUUAUUUGUAAAUCAUCCCUCUCCCAAACUUGCUUAAUGUGAUCCUGAAUUACUCUGACAGCAUGAUGAUUUAGUAAAGUAGUCCUAUCCAUGAAAUGCUUCUGAUGUAUUUUCAUAGGCAACACAGCUCUGAAGCUAAUGACAUUUUACAGACUUCAAAAUUAUUUUUUUGUUUAUAAAAAACAAUUGUUAUUUACAAAUUAAAAAUCAACCAAAGCUGUCAAACUACUGAUAAAGCAACUGUAGUUUUAAUUAAGUAACUGAGCUUAUUAUUCCCCAUGGUCCUAUACACUAUUGCUUUAAAUGAAGAGUCCAGCAAGGAAGUAGUCAGGAAAUAGAUGGCAAAGUUUUGCUCGUAAAUUUGAUUGUGUGUGUGUGUGUGUGUGUGCGUGUGUGUGUGCGCGCGUGCGCGCGCGCUUGCACACAAGGGCAUUUCAAUUUACUAGUAGUUGCACUAAGAUAUGCUGGCAGGUUAUUGCAAUAGUAGUGGUAUUUGCCAAAAGUAUUAAGUUGUAUUUUUUUUCUCCAAGGGAAACUUAAAUUUAAAUAUGGUGGCACAACUUCAUUUAUAUCUAUCAUUAGAAAGUGUUUUCCCUUAAUACAAACCAAUAUUUCCCUCAAGUUUAAAUCAAAAAUAUCUGUUUACUCAGUCCAAUUAUUUUAGUUUCUAAUAUCUAGAUACAUUGGUCUAAUGACUGACUUAUAAAUUACCAACCAAUAGUGUAGAAAAUUGCUGAUUAAUCACUACAUUCUUACUUUUGGAUUUCCUGUAAUUUCCUUUGUUGAUUUUAUUAAGAUGACAACAAUCCAGCUUCAGAAUUAGCUAUACCUCUAACUAAGGUGUCCUGGUACAGUGGCAAAACCGGCAGUCUGCUCCUGAGAAACACUGUCUCAUUCUGCCCUGCAGAGCUGAUGUACAGUUAGAAUGACAAUAAAGUUUUUUGAAUCUUGAAUCCUGACCAUAUGGAUAUUUGCCCAGGUAAGACGUCUCACAAAAAGCAGGAUAAAUCAAAUCUAGCUAACCAAUACAUUUUUGUUUCAUUAGUUUUCCUAUCAUGUCCGUUGGGUUUGUGUUUUAAAAAUGUAUUCUGUUGAUUUUAAAGAAAAUAUAUACAGACCUACCUAACAAUGGUAAAUUGUAGUUUAGUUCUCAACUGCAGAAGGUUUUGCACUAUGCAGCUUGCAUUGUAGUUUUAUACUGAAGGAAUAUGAAGCUACUGACAAGUGUAUUUUAAGUUUUAUUGGAAAGUAAUAUGAAUAUUGCAGUAUAUUUGACUUGAAAGUAGGCAUGACAACAAAAGUACUUAUUUAGAUUCAUUGUUCUGAUAAUUCAUCUAUGUGGAUUCAACAUGAUGGCAUACACUCCUAGAAACUUUGUAAGGAGGUGCACAAAUUGUUGGAAUGUACGUACAUGGACACAGUAGAAGAUUCAAGAUUCAAAAAACUUUAUUGUCAUUCUAACCAUACAUCAGCUCUGCAGGGCAGAAUGAGACAGCAUUUCCCAGGAGCAGUGCAAUCAUAACAUAACAAACGCAACACUAAAUAAUAAAUAUAACAAUAAAUAGUAAAACACAACAGCCACAUGUCAGUUAAAAUCAAGUUAUAAGUGUCCAGUGCAAGUUAAAAGUGUCCAAAGCAGAAUCAGGUGGAGCAGCUAUUUAGCAGUCUGACUGCCUGUGGGAGGAAGCUGUUUAGUAGCCUUGUGGUUUUAGUUUUGAUGCUCCUGUAACAUUUGCCUGAUGGCAGAAGAACAAACAGUUAAUCAAGAGGGUGUGAGGGGUCUUUAAUGAUGUACCAUGUCUUCUGGAGGCAUCGACUCUGAAAGAGGUCUUGGACAGAAGGUAGGGAGAUCCCAAUAACCUUCUCUGCUCCCCUAACCACCCUCUGCAAGGCUUUUUUGUCGACAGCACUGCAGCUGGAGUACCAGGUUGUGAUGCAAAAGGUCAGCACACUCUCAACCACGCCUCUGUAGAAUGUAGUUAAGAUGUUAGUGGGGAGUGAUGCUUGUAUAAGCUCCCUCAGAAAGUGCAAUCUCUGCUGGGCCCAUUUCACAAUCCCAGUGGUGUUCCUGGACCAGGUGAGAUUGUCCGAGAUCUGCACCCCAAGGAACUUGAUGUUUUCCACUCUCUCCACUGUGAAGCCGCUGAAAAUUAUGUUGUACUGCCAAUUAUGAAAAUAAGAUCAUUAUCCAAGAGAAUUUAAAGAGUACAGUAAUGAAAUAUACUUUGAUAAAAUUUUCAACAGUUGAAAAUAUUAUUACUUAAUGGAAGUGUCUUUGGAAUUGUUCUGUUUAUGUGUAAAUGCACAAAGAGAAACAUGAAAAUUUAUGUAAGCAAUUAAGAGUAAAUGCCAAAUUUUAAAGUACUGACAAAUUGAAAGUAUUUGUUGGUACUUUCAGAAUGCCUAUCCAUACGUAUUAACUAUAGAAGAAAACUUCACAAAUUAAAGCAAAGCAGAAAACGUUACUACUUCUUCAGCCUUAAUCGGUCUAUUGUAACUAUUUCUUUUGAAGGGAAGAUCUAAACAAUUGAAAUUAUGUAAGACCAUAAGACGAUAUAUUGUGAUGAUGAAAUUUUAAUUAUGCAACAUGAUAUUUUUAUAUUGGCAAACAGGUUGGUGCAAUUACAAAAAGGUUUAUAACCAUUUUAACAAAUUUACCAUUCAGCUCCAGGAUACAAAUUCUGGUUUCAACUUUCCAUGUUACAGCUCCGGUGUACUUUAUGAAAACUUACAGUUUCAAACUUAUAAAAUUCUGCUGCACCUUUUUGUAAGUUAGCAAAUUAUAUAUUUCAGAAGAGGCCAUUUGGCCUAUCAUAACAGCAGCAAUAUGUGGGUGGUGGGAGUGUGGUACCCCUCUUAAUCCUUUUCAGUGCUAUAUCUGUAGCCCUCUGUAGUUCAUGAUGCUUCAUGUACACAUCCAAUGACUUUUCAAAUAUGGUGAAUUAUACUGCCUUUACCACCUAUAUUUAGGCAGCAGUUUCCUGACCCUUAUCACUAUCUGAGUGAAGUUAAGUUUUUUAUCGUCUUACUUAUUAAUGCUUCUACCAAUUGCAUUAAAUUUAUAGCUCAAAGUUUCUAAACUGCCUGCAGGGUAAACUCUAUUUGGUCACUUCAUAAUUUUAUACACUUUAACAGCUUUCCCUAGUCUGACAUUCCAGAGAAAAUGGGAUUGGCCUGAGAACCUUUCCGAGUAGAAUAAAUCAUUUGUGCACCCUCUCUGUGCAGUCACAUUUUUCCUAUAAUGUUGACACAAUUGUAUAUAGUGCGCAAGCUUGUGUCCAACUAGUGGGCUUACUCUAAUACAGGGUUUGUUAAAAUUUGUAACUAUAUCACAUGCUCCCUAUACAGAUUAACUUUAUGAUUCCCAAAAAGGUCAUUUUCCUUACUGAAAGCCCUUUGUGUUUGCCCAAUCAAUCUGCUUUCAGUCAUUGACAAAGUAAUGGAAGGUGUCAACAGAGCUGCUGAACAGGGCAACUCACCAUUAACUUUAUCAAAGUUGCUGGUGAACGCAGCAG